ACACGUGCUACCGCACUAACGCCUCCCAGCUCUCCACACAGACUUCAGUCGCUUCUACAGUACAGAGCCUUUGUCGUCGGAGUCGAGUUGAGCAUUCGCAAGUUCGCGAAAAAUAAGUAUCUAAAGCCAGCAUGAAGCGCACUAAGUGCAUCUCUGAUUGUUUGCCGCUUUUUACCUUCUGUUUUUUGCUGGGUGCCAUAUCUGCUGUGAACGGUGACUACUGUGAGGUGAACAUCUGCCACAACGGAGGCACUUGCGUGACAGGAGUGGGGGAAAAUCCUUUCAUCUGUAUCUGUCCAGAUGGAUUCACCGGAGAGAUCUGCAAUGACACAGAAACUGGUCCCUGCAAACCGAACCCCUGCAAGAACGAUGGUGUGUGUGAAGUCAUAAGCCAAACGCGCCGUGGCGAUGUCUUCAGCGAGUACGUCUGCAAGUGCCAGGAGGGCUUUGAUGGUGUCCACUGCCAAAACAAUGUCAAUGACUGUGCUGGCCAGCCCUGUAAAAAUGGAGGCGUUUGCCGAGACCUGGAAGGAGACUUCAACUGCAAAUGCCCCUCUCCCUAUGUUGGAAAGCACUGCCACCUACGCUGCAUCUCCCUGCUGGGCAUGGAGGGUGGGGGCAUUGCGGAGCAUCAGAUCACUGCCUCCUCUGUGCACUACGGCAUUCUGGGCCUGCAGCGAUGGGGACCUGAGCUGGCCCGCCUUAACAACAAGGGCCUGGUAAACGCCUGGACCUCCGCUAGCCACGACAGGAACCCCUGGAUUGAGGUGAACCUGCAAAGAAAGAUGCGUUUCUCAGGCAUCAUCACUCAGGGCGCCAGCCGCAUGGGCGUGUCGGAGUACGUCAAAGCCUUCAAGGUGGCCUCCAGCCUCGACGGCCGCACCUACACCAUGUACAGACUGGAGGGCCAGAAGAAAGAUACAGUGUUUGUCGGGAACAUGGACAACGACGGCACCAAGACCAACUUGUUUGACCCGCCCAUCAUUGCGCAGCACCUACGCAUCAUCCCUGUGGUUUGCCGCAAAGCCUGCACCAUGCGCAUGGAGCUGGUCGGCUGCGAGCUGAACGUCUAUUUAAACAUGACAGGUUGCUCGAACCCCCUGGGCGUCAAGUCACGUCUGAUCAGUGACCGUCAGCUGACAGCCUCCAGCUCCUUCCGGACAUGGGGCAUCGAGGCGUUCACCUGGUACCCGCACUACGCCCGCCUGGACAAGCAGGGCAAGACCAACGCCUGGACCGCCGCCACCGUCAACCGCUCUGAGUGGCUACAGGUUGAUUUGGAAUCUCCCAAGCGCAUCACGGGCAUCAUUACCCAGGGGGCCAAGGACUUCGGGAGUGUUCAGUUCGUGUCCGCUUUCAAGGUGGCUUACAGUGAUGACGGCCUGUCUUGGAGCGUAAUCCAGGACGAGAGGACCAACACUGACAAGAUCUUCCCCGGCAACAGUGACAACAAUGUCCACAAGAAGAACAUAUUUGAGCCACCCUUCUAUGCCCGAUUCGUCCGCGUCCUGCCAUGGGCGUGGCAUGAGCGCAUCACGCUGCGAAUGGAACUGCUGGGCUGCGACGAGUAGCACCUCUCCUCCCUCCCUUCCUCCUUCUCUCCCUUUCCUCUCCUCCCGUCUCCUCCUCUCUGUCUCGCUCCCUCCCUACCUCCUGAGCCAUGCCUGCACUGCCUUGCUCCCAGCACCAGAGGGCAGCGUUGCCACACCACCCUUCACAGCUGGGGGGGACUCUGAAUCAAGCUCCUCGGACACAGCCUGCAUCUCUAACCACACACACCACACAGUGACCUCCCUUCUCCUGUUUUCACAUGCACUCACUGUCUCUUUCUCUCACACACACACAGACACACACACACACACACGCGCACGCACGCACAUACUCUACAUAGCCAAACUACAGUGUGAUGCUGCUCCAUUGAGCGAUGAGGGCUGAACCCCAGUUUGAGGUGCUGAAAUGCAUCACGCGCUCAUUUCUUUGUAGCAACUGAAUGGCUUGGAAAGGGUUUGUUUGUAAGUUUGAAGUAUAGCCAGUAUCCAAAAUUGAUUACAGAAGCAUGCUAGAUAUGUUUGAACUAACCAGUUCACAGUUUAUCACAUUUCUGACACUAGCCUUGCACGGUAUUCCCAUAUACUGUCUAGCACCGCUGGUUUCUGGGACUGUAGUGCCAUCAUAGGUUAUGGUUUGGCAGGAGUUUUUCCUGGAUAUGCUUGGCUGCUCUACCAGUCCCUGUUUUGUGACAAAAAAAUAUCAUUGAUUUAGCGAGAAAUGUACAUAAACCAAAAUAUUCACACUUAAGUCAUGUUUAUGGUGUUAGCUGAGUAGUUGUAAAUCUAUUGUUGCAGGGGUUUGUUAUUUCCAGUACGUUAAUACAGUAUGCUAGUGAGUAGAGCAAAGUAAUCUGAUUGUGAAUAUGUUUUAGAAAUUUGAAAAGCUAUGAAGUUUGUUCCAGCUUCUGUAAAUGGGUUGUAAGUUGGUCUAACAUUUCUUUAUAAUGAUGACAUUCUAAGAAACAGUUAAUAGAGCAUAUAUUUCUAUUUAUGCUAAUACAUUGAUCAUUUUCAUUGUCUAUACUUAUAUACAUUGUAGUAAAGUAUUACUAUAAAUGACUACAAUGAUCCAUUCAUGUCACUAUCGUUGUGAACCAACAAAAUAUGAUUCAGUGUGACUAAAUUAAGGAAUAUACAGGUCACCAUCCAUGCCAAUAAAGGUUUUGGCCCAACACUGCCAAAUAUUUCUCUCAGGUAGAGAUGAAUUUAUUGCGUUGUGCUACUGAGGUUUUUAUGACAUGCAUGUAAGCUAAAUUAAAUUUUUGAUGCAGUUUUUUGGAACAUAACCAUUCUUAUAAUACUCUAGUAAUCUCUUUUUUGGGCACCUGCAUUGUUGUCAGUUAAAAUGCUGGGUAGUGUCAUCAGUACUCAAUAGUGAAAGAACAUAAGUGAAUCUGAAAUAGUGGUUGCUUUUUCUUACAUGUUAAAACUGUGUGAUUGUUUAACACAGGAUGGGAAAACAGUGUCUGUUUUCCCACUGGUUUAUUUGGGGUUGGUUUAGUCUUUUGCACAGCAAGUGAAGAUAAAUGCAUAAUGGCUGACGAAUUGGUCCAAGUUUGUUAUUGUCAAAUGCUGGUUUAUGAGAAACAGAUUGCUUGGAGAGGAGAGGAGAGGCUGUUACCCAAAUGAUAAGGUGAAGAGGGGGUAAAAAUCACAUUAAGAAUGAUUACUACGCUUCCACUUAAUGUCCGUCCGAGGUGUCAAUCUACAUAAUGUGUUCAGGCUUUGGCAUUGUGAUGCCCCCCAUGAAUUUUAAAUUUUGGGCUUGUGCAAUAUGAUAUGAGUUUUAAUAUUAAUGAAUGGUUGGAAAAUAACAGUAUUUCUCUGCACUGCGAAUACAGGAGAUGGUGGUUAUCAUGUGCUGAUAAAUUACUUAUCAACCAGAACAGUGUUUCCUUAAGGCCAAACGCAUUCUGUGGGUUUUAUCAUUUUUCAUUACCAAUUAUAUAGUUUUUGAUAGUUUGCUAUGAUCUUUGCUAUAUAUUAGCUUCACUAUACUCCCCAACUGUAUUUGUUCCUGAAUUCCUUUUUUUUUUUUUUAAACCAAUGAUUUUUAUGCUUCAUACAAAUUACAGUCUUUGUUGUGUUCUAAGCAUAGAUUUGGUGCACUCUUGAUGUUUCUGUCUAAAGCAGUUUUCUCCUGUUUGGUCUUUUUAACUAAAGACACGAAUAAUAAAGAGUUUAAAUGAA